GGUGCAACAGAUGAUGCGCUCGCGUCGCUCUCGCGGUGACACCUGCAGGAGGACAUCAUGCAUGCGGCGUCUCCGGCCACGCUCUCGCGUGUGAGCUCGUCUGCAUCCGACCCAUUUCGCCCUCAAACGAGGGAUUAGGAGGAAAGACGGAGAGGAGGAGGAGCGAAGAGCAUCUGCAAACAAGCUGGAUGUUUUGGUCCAUCGCCUCUUUCGGGAGGCAGGCUGCGGCCUGCGGAUUGUCGACGGAAGCCUCGGGCUGGUUCGGAAAUGUCGCAGCGAUCUUAUGGCUGUGAGGCCACAAGGUGAUGGCAGUCCAGAUUGAGUUUGAGCAUGACUAUCAUCUGUCCCAGAUAAUGGCCACUCUCCUUGUGCAGACGUGAGCCUUCCCACUGUGUUGUCCCUGCAUCACCUCCUCUUCCUCUCCUCUGUGACACCCCCCCACCCAGCCCUCCCCACAACUCCACCCAUCCUGUUUCCGUGUCUGGAAUUGACAUCGCUUAUGAUGGCAUGCUGCGGGCGCUCUUUGGACUCCCCAUGCACACUGGCCUUGCUGGUGGGCUUCCAGUUUGCUUUUGUGCUAUACUUCUCCUUCGGGGGCUUCAAAGGCCUGGUGUCCGUCCUGGUUCACACCACGGAGCAAGAGUUCGAUUAUUCGCGACCCCACGACGUCUACACCAACCUCAGUCAUCUGAGAGCGCCGCCUCCCCCACCUCGCAACUCUGGCACUGGACCUCCUGUGACGGGACCGCCGCUGGCCGAAUGCCAGAUUGUGUCCCCGCUGCUGGUCGGGCCUGUGUCCGUGCACCUUUCAUCACCUCUGACUUUAGAGGAGAUCAGAACGAGAAACCCGUUGGUGUUGCCGGGCGGACGCUACCGCCCACCGGACUGUGAAUCCCGGUACCACACUGCCAUUGUGGUACCGUACCGGAACCGGCAGAUGCAUCUUCGUGCUCUCCUCUACCACCUCCAUCCUUUCCUGCAGAGACAACAGAUCCACUACAGCAUUUAUAUAGUGCAGCAGUGGGGAAAUGGAACCUUCAACCGAGCCAAGCUGCUGAACGUUGGCGUCAGGGAAGCUCUACGAGAUGAAGAUUGGAACUGCAUCUUCCUGCAUGAUGUCGACCUGCUGCCGGAGAACGACCACAAUACCUACACCUGCCACAAACAGUUUCCCACACACCUGUCUGUGGCCAUGGACAAAUUUCGAUACAGACUACCCUACCCGCAGUAUUUUGGUGGGGUCUCUGCAGUAACUCCGGACCAGUACAUGAAGAUGAACGGCUUCCCGAACCAGUAUUGGGGCUGGGGUGGAGAGGACGAUGACAUCGCCGCAAGGGUGCGUCUGUCUGGCAUGAAGAUUGUGCGCCCCCCAGCGGCCGUUGGUCACUACAAAAUGAUCAAGCACAGAGGUGACCGAGGGAAUGAGCAAAACCCACACAGAUUUGACCUCCUGAAAAGGACCAGACUCAACUGGCGCUCUGACGGCCUCAACUCCCUGACUUACGAGCUCCUCUCCAGAGAACGGGAACCCCUCUACACUAACCUCACAGUUGACAUUGGAGAGGAGCCCCGUCGCCCUCAGGGGAAAACUUCAACCCCUGUUCACCAACGUAGCACCUCCAAGACCGCAGCCACAGAUAAUCGGGGGACAAAGAGGCCAGAAAGCAAAGGAUCCAAGGCGGUAAAUGUCAAUGUGACGAGACCUGACACCCCGAAGACAGAACCUCCUCGGACAAAGGCAGCUAAUGAAAUUAGACAGGAGAAAGGAAACGUGGAUGCUUCUCACAUGUAGCACCAAAUGGCUUUUUGUUGUUUUUUUAAAGAUGCAGGAAUGCCUACAGGGCUAGGUGGUAGACCAGAUUUCUUUGUUUGCAACAGGUUUUGGAUGCCACUUGGUUUUCCCUUCAGGCUUUCUGGCAAAACUGGGUUGAACAAUCUAGCUAACCUGCACCUUCAUCCGGAGCGCUGCAAAUAAAACUUGUGCCUUCUAUUGUAAAGCGCUUUUAUAAACUAGUCCCGACCCGAGAUUCAUGAUUUCUCCGGUCUCGUGGCAAACAUUUUGAGCGCAGGGAUGUGCAAUUUGAGAGAUUACACAUUUGUCCCGGUAUAGCUGUUUUCUAUCUGUGCAUCAGUGUCUCUAGAGAUUAUAUUUAUAUAGAGAAACCUCUUUAUUUGUUUACUGGUUUGUAUUUUUGUUUGGUGCCUCACUCUUUUUGAGUUUUAGUUUCUAGACAAUCAGAUCAGAGGGGAACGGAACUCUACUUUUUGACUCAUAAUAUUUAUCGAUCAUGACUGUCAUCAUACACUGGGCAUGAUUUAUAAUGAUACUCCUUUUACAUGGAGUAAUGCUUCUUGAUAUUGUGGUGUUAUUCAUACUAACCGGGAUAGGAAAAGCAACCUUGCAGUUAAUAUUUAAGGCACAUCCCUACCUUGUGUCUUCUGUCAGAAUGUUUCAGCGUUAAAAGUGACUUGUGACAAACACUGUACAGAUUUAAAGCAUCUUCAUAGAGGGUAUCGCUAAAUAUGACUCUAUCAGAAGCCUCGAAUUGUGUCGGUGAAUUUUGUGAAUCUCAUUUUCAUUAUAAUGUGCAUGGAAACAAUUGAGAAGGACGAUAUUGUUCUCAGAGGACAGACAUUAUUUAUUUCUUAACUCCGCCAUUUUGAAUGUAAUUUUUGAGUUUUACAAAAGGAGAGAUGGGUGUGUUUGUUUGUGGUGGUGGUGUUGGAUGUGGGGGGGAGCCAGUGCGCAUCUUGCUGCUCCACACAACGUUAAAUUGAUGACGUGGCUUGAAAUAUGAUGCUUUUAUGAUCUGCAAUUAUCAUUCCAUGUAGUAGAUACAAAUUUGAAUGUAUUUUAAUUGUUUUUCCAGUCGCUUGUGAGCUAUAUGACUUGUUUAAUGGUCGAUGACAUUUGUCUGAUUGUGCCUAUAUCCUAUAUGUCCAUCUCUCAUUAUCAAAGAUGUGCUGAUGGCUUCAUAACGUGAGCUCAUCAGGUGGCACAAAGCCGACUGGAGCCUAGGAAUGAAUGAAGCUGCAGCGUGUGUGACAUGAAUGUUAAGUAUUAACAUUCGCCAUUCACAGGA